CUUCCCCUCGUUUUCUCCUCAUGCCCGCAAAGCUGUUGUUGCCGCCGCUGCCAACACGGCUGGAGCGGGCGGGAUGGAGAAAGGAGGCGGUGGGUGUCGACCCCCGUGAAUUCUUCCCCAGUCAGUAGGAGCAGCAGGAGGAGGAGGAGGAGUCUGUGGUGCCAACGGAUUACAUCUGGCUGCAUCUCCAAGUGGCAUCUAAUGCUAUCUUCAUAGAAUGAUGUUCUUGCUGUUACAGAAGAAUGAUUUUGUUUGGUAAAGCCUCACAAGUGGUCCAGGAAAGAGCUGUCCAAUAUUUGAUCUUUUCUCACUAAUGCACACCUGCUCAGCACAGCAAGCAUUGUCGGCAAAUCCUGAGAAAUGCAAACACACUGGCUCUAGCAUAUCAACCUGUGUGUAGAUUCAGGCACACGUAUGCAGAUGGUAGAAGGUCAGACUGCGCUGGUGCCAUGUCGUCUUUUGGAAAGCUUACAGAGUACUUCAGCCUAAGGAAGUCGAGGAAUGAAUUUCGAUCAGAUCGGCGGAGUAGCAGGAGGAGUGGCAGCUAUUGCUGUAGUAUCACCGAAUGCAGGUCAUUAGACAGAAAGCCCCAGAGACCUGUACUAGGAAAGUCAAGAACUCUUCCCAGCAUUCCUCAGUCCCCAAUCAUAAACCGGGUUCCACUUCUGGAUUCAAAAUUGUACAAGAAAGAUAUGCCAGAACAGAAGCAUUACAGAAAUCACUCUGCUCCUGAGUGUCAAAAAGGGUGUACAGUGCCCUCUACAGGAGAAGCAUGGCAGCUGGAAGAUGAUUGUGCUGAAUCUGUGAGGGAUCCUGCCCUUCAGCCAAGGCUGUGCACUGCCAUGGACGAGGCACCUUUCAGAUCCUUGAGAACUCGGUCCUUCUACAUGAGGAAGAGCCUUUCAGUGGACAACCACUUAAGUGCCCUCAGCUAUUCUAUCCACCCCACAGAAACCAAGACAGAGCGGGUCAAAACUAAACUUCGAAGACAAUUUAGCCUUGGAUCAGCAGACAAGAAGGACUUGUAUCCAUCAAAGUCUGAGGGCAGCCUUUCUAAGUUCACACACCGGUUAUCAAUUAAACAGAAGCAGGAGAAGCGAAGGAAAGCUGAGUAUGCCUCAGCUGAGCUGUCUGCCUUCCGUCCCAGGUCUCUGAGCAUUGAAUGGUCUUCCUCACCUAAAAUGACACAGCAAAUGAGAGACCCGCAGCUAGCCCAGUCUAGGAAGCAACCAGGACCCUCAUCUCCAAAUGCUGCUAAGAGGCUCUACCGGAACCUUUCUGGGAAAUUCAGAGUUAACUACAUGUCAUUUGAUGAAGGGAGCAUAGCAGGGAGGAGUGAAAAGGAAAAGCUCCGCAAAUCCUAUCCUUUUCAAGGCAAUGCUGCACUCUUUGAGGCUGUUGAGCUGCAGGACCUUGAUAAGGUGCAGGAGCUGCUCAAGCAAUUUAGCCCAGAGGAGCUGGAUCUUAACACCCCAAACAGUGAGGGUCUUCUGCCAUUGGAUAUUGCCAUCAUGACCAACAAUGCACCCAUCGCCAAGACACUGUUGCUAGCUGGAGCCAAAGAAAGCCCUCACUUUGUGAGUCUAGAGAGUCGGUCUUUGCACUUGUCAACACUGGUCCAGGAGGCAGAGCAGCGUGUCAAUGACCUUACUGCGCAGGUGGUGAAUGAGCUACCCAGUGCAGAUGGCUCAGAAAAAGAGAAACAGUUAAAAGCAUGGGAAUGGCGUUAUCGGCUAUACAAGCGCAUGAAUGCUGGAUUUGAGCAUGCUCGGGUUCCAGAUCCACCCAUGAAUGUUCACCUUUCAGUGGCCAGCAGCACCUCUGUGGAUGUUUCCUUCCAGGAGCCCUUAAGUGUCAAUUCAGCCAUUGUCACCAAAUAUAAAGUCGAAUGGAGCUGCUCCCCCACCUUCUCCCCACCGCUGGGUGAAGUGGUGAUCAACAAGCUGAAAAACCUACAUAUCACCAUCCAUGGCCUCCUCUCGGGUACAGCUUACUACGUCCAAGUAUCUGCCUACAACAUGAAGGGAUGGGGACCUCCGCAAACUUCAAUACCACCCUUUGCUAUUCCAUCAAACUGGAGAGAAUAUGAUGGGCGGGCACCAAGGCGAAGAGGUCAAGCUGAAGCUUUGGACCAUCUUCUAAGCCAGGUGAAGAUGGUGCACCAACAAUGUGUGUGUCACGAACCCUGUAAGAAUCAGCCACAGAGCAGAAAACACUCUGUCUCCAAGAGUCUGAAGUAUCUCUUCCACCCUGGCAGCAAAUUCUUAAAAACACUGAAAAGGGGCCUGUAUCUGGCAUCAAUAUUCUACAAGGAUGACAACAUAUUGGUCACGCAUGAGGAUCAGAUCCCUGUGGUCGAGAUAGAUGACACCUAUUCUUGCCUGCUCAUGCAGGACUUUCUCUGGUUCACAAAGGUAUCGUGCAUGUGGGAUGAAAUCCUGUGGCUGCGUCAGUGUGUCACUGUCUCCCAAUCAUCGUGUUCCUGCAUUCUGCAAACACGUCUCAAGAUGCUUCUGGCCAUUUCACAGAUGCAGGGUCUGCUGGGAAUUCAAGAUCUGGGACAUGUCUUUUUUGAGCCCAUCAAAGACAAGCAGGGCAACAUUUUAGUUGUGACCCUAAAGGAGGUGAAGACAAACCAGACCUUUGAAAGCGUCCACUGGGUCCCCCUCUCAAAGCUGCAGACAAGCCGCAAGUCCAUCUCAUCUCCAGAAGAGCCUACAGCUCUGGAUGUGCUGCUGAUGACCAUGCAGGACAAGCUGAUUUACCACCAGCGAAGCAGCCAGGCUCUCCCCCCAGGUCUCUAUUUGGGUUACCUGAAGCUCUGUAGUGCUGUUGACCAGAUCCGAGUGUUGGUGCCUGAACGUUUACCCAACAUAUUAUGUCAUGUGAAGAUACGAAGCAACCCAAACAUCUCCAGGGAGGAAUGGGAGUGGCUGCAACAGCAAGCCAGUGUGGAGGAGCCUAUUCCCACAGAGCAAGAUCUCGAGACCACCCAGAAUCUCUUCCUUCAGGAGCUUCAAGUGGCAAUCAAAGAGCUGAUGCAAAUGGUCAACAUCCCACUGCAUGAGGCCAAAGAUUUUCGCCUAUACAGUCAGGAAGUUCUGGACUUUGGAGGACAGGUCUCAUUUCUCCUUCUUGUGCCUCCCUCUGAGGAUGUGUGUACUGCCCCUGGCCAGAACAAUCCUUACACACCUCGGUCUGGCUUUCUCACACUUCCACUUCAGAUCUUUGAGCUAGUUCAUUUUUUCACUUAUGACCACGAGUUCAUUAGUCAGUAUUGCCAGGUGUCUGCUCUCUUGGAGCUAGAGUCACUUCUCUCUCAACAGAGCCUCAGGGAGGCCUUCUCAGACUCAGAAUUAACUACUGCCAAGCAGAGGCAUCAACAAGUUCAGGACUAUAUACAGCAAAUGGAGGAGAUCUGGCGAGAAAUGCGCUGGAUGAUGGAUGCAUUGCAGCAUGCCCGGUACAAGCAGCCUUCUGGUGGCAUCCCACUCACAUGGUUUCUUGAAGAAUCUAGCAUUGAUUUAAAGGAGAAAACACGAUCAACCUCUUCCCAUUUUGACUUCUUCCCCUCACCUACUCCUUCUCCUGAAAUGAGCCGCAAGCUCAACUCUGAUUCACAUGGAAUCUCAGAUGAAGAGGGCUCAUCAGAAGUAUUCUUAGCUACAGACAGUGACUAUGACUCCAGUAGAGCCCAAAGCCCCAGAGAGCUUGACCUUCUUUACCCCUCUUCAGGGCCUGAGUGCUUCAGUAGAAGAAAUCCACGCCCUUUGAGGGACAGUGCCCCUGACGUCCUGCAGAACCAUGAGCUAAAGACACCCUCUAUUCCUCCAGAGGAGCCUCGGCCUCCCCCAGAGCUUUAUGACAGUGACUUUGUGCUUCCUAGUCGGCAAAUAGAGCUGCUGCGCAUCACAGAGAAGAGGCAGGCCUACUGUGUCCGCACCAGCAGCCUGGAUUUCCCAAAACCCCUUUGCCAUGGGGCCAGAAAGUCUUGCCCUGGCUCUGUUGACAGUUCACCAACUGAAAGCAGAACUGCAGGCCGUUGCAGCCCUGUGAGACUUGGGACAGGCUCAGAAUUCAGCCCCAGGCAUGGCUGUCCUGCAGGGAGCUCUGAGCCUGUCUUUCGGACACGCUCAGUGGAAUGGACUCGCACCUUCCAGGAGGCAGCAGAUCCAGGACAUGUAGCAAACCGGGUCAAGUCAACAGGCUCCUUCGCCUUACGUGUGUGCCCUCAGUACGAAACAGGGCUCUCCAAAGAAACAAGCGUUAAGCUGCACCUCACCAACAAGAUGUCGGCAGAAGAUGUGGUGAAGCUGGUGGUGCAGGAGAUGAACGAGGUCUCACGCGAUGUCCUGGGAAAUGCAGAUGCUUUCUGCUACAGUGAAGACCAAUUGGAACACUUUGGACUAGUGUUCGUGUCAGAUGAAGUUGAGCAGUGGCUUCCAAAUGACUUUCUGCCCCUCUCGCUCCAAAAGGCUUGGCCUGAUGGGAGGUUCUAUGUUCGGAUCAAAGAGACUUCCCCUCUCCUGUUUCAGUAUGGGCCAGCAACAACUGUAUGAGAGGAGGGGGAAUAGAUUGGAUUAGGAAGGAAAAGUGAAGAAUAUCCAACUUCCAGUGAGCAGAAAGCUCAGCACUAAUGCUUCCUUCUUAAAAAGAAACUUUUGUGUCAGACACCACAGGCCAAAAUAGGAGCAUACUGGGCAAUGUGUUGCUCUGUGGUGUGUGUGUGUGUGUGUGUGUGUGUGUGUGUGUGUGUGUGUGUUGUUUUAACCAAAGAUGUCAAGAUUUGUUUGUUAUGAAUCCUAAGAUCUGUAGGUGGGGUACAGGAGCCUUUGGGAUAAUGGAAUUAAAUUUGUGAAGACACUUUUUGCAAGGAGAAGAGCCGGUUGGGGAUUAAGAAGCAAUACUUAAUUAUAUUUUUCAUUCUGAAUGUUGAAGGGAGGGAGAGAAUGUGACAUUGAAGGAUUCUGACUGAAGUGGACCCAGAGUUGGGGCCUGGAGGUGGGAGGAGCACAGGGAGCUCACAAAGACUUCAUGUUUUGUUAUCUGUGUUCUCAUUGUACCUGGAGAAAUAUGAAAAUGCACAUAGUUCUUUGAAAAAUGUAUUUUCCUUUUCUUAAUUCCACCUUAAAUAUACACAGCACAAUAUAUAAAAUAUGUUCAAACUGUGCAGGACUGUAAAGCCCUUUCUACUGUUGGGAGAGACAGACAAGACUUUAUAUCUAGACUAGAACCUUCUCUUAGGGGUAAGAUUAAGCCAACCUUUGAGCUCACCAGAAUGAGGCACUCCCUGCUACCCCAGGGAAUGUGUAUUGUGGGUCUGGAAGAAGGUUCCCAAGAACUCUGCUUUCUUCAUUUUCAGUCCUAUACUUUCUCAUUUAUUUUUAAGCAGCUUUGCUUUCCCCUUUCCUCUACCUAGGCAAGAAUCUAGAAAGGAGCACAAGGAAAGGAUUGUUGCAUAUUAGGUCUAGAGUUAACUCCUCUCAGGAAGCUAUUCACUUGCCUAUCUUCCCCUACAGUGUAGGGAAGCAAUGCUGCUUUCUUCCAUCUCCUAGCAAGCAGUUGAAUAUUGUAAAUGAAACACCUAUCAUGUAAGCCAGAUGUUACCUCUCCACAAAAGCGGAAGUAGCACUGGACAUGGGCUACCACUUCCAUAUAUGCACAGUUGGUCUAAAUCCCAUGACUAGUCACACCACACACCCAAGCAGUCAAAAAACAGGAAAAUAUCUCAACAAUGAUAUAAUAUAAUAUAAUAUUCAAAUAUAUAAAAGGAUGUCAUAUAGAGGAGGGAGAAAAGUUGUUUCCUGCUGCUCCAGAGAAGCGGACACGGCGCAAUGGAUUCAAACUACAAGAAAGAAGAUUCCACCUAAACAUUAGGAAGAACUUCACGACAGUAAGAGCUGUUUGGCAGUGGAAUUUGCUGCCAAGGAGUGUGGUGGAGUCUCUUUCUGUGGAGGUCUUUAAGCAGAGGCUUGAUGUCAGGAAUGCUUUGAUGGUGUUUCCUGCUUGGUGGGGGGUUGGACUGGAUGGCCCUUGUGGUCUCUUCCAACUCUAUGAUUCUAUGAUUCUAUUCUAUGAAAGAUCAUUCCUGCCUUCCCUCACAGCAGUGCAAAGCCCAUGCAAUUGAGCUUUGACUACAGCACCCUUCCCCACGCUAGAAAAAGUGGUAACAAAUUUAGUACCAAAGUCAAGAAGAUCCUCUCUUCUUCCUUUUCCCUUCUGCCCAAUCCUACCAGCUGACAUCUGCCGAGACACUGAUUCUCUUCUGUCCAAUCCCAUGAGAAAGAAGCAGAGAAUAUCUGAAGAAGAAAUGAUUCUCCCAAGGUUCAUGUGAGCCGCUCUGGGUGGAGAAAGUACUGUACAAACAAGUCAUGAUCUUUGGACAGCAAGCUUAGAGCACCCCUUUCCACAAAAAAAAAAAAUCCAGUUUCCUGCCCUAAAGGAAAGGGGCUGCAGGGGGAAAGCAGCUGAUUAAGAGUUAAAUGAUGCUAACAUUCUCCAAUUCUCUGCUGCAUAUCAUGUCUGCUUGGCAGCUGUUCCAUGAAGAUCUAGUGUGAACGUAUUUCUUUCUCUCAAUCCCCCUGAGACAUUUGUCUUGCAUGCAGAAGGCCCCAGGUUCAAUCACCAGCAUCUUCAGGUACUGUUAGGAGAGACUCCUGUCUGAAACCUUGGAGAGCUGCUACCAAUCAAUGUGGACAAUGUUUAGCUAGUUGGACCAAUUGUAGGCUUUAAUAUAAUGUACCUUCCUAUGCACUGCUUCCCUCCUAGAAGCUUAAGUUCACAUUCCAUGCCCUCACAAUUUUUUUGACUCCAUCUUACUCCAGAAUUAAGGGCAAAUUCCUUUUUUAAGAUUGUUCUCCUGUCCUACCAGAGUGGGAUAUUCCCAUUCACUGAAAAACAUCCUGAGUUAGAUUACAAAGGCUGCACACUUGGGGGGGGGGCAGUAAUCAUUUGUAGCACUUUGACAGCUUAAAUCAGCUCUGCAAUCUGAAAAACCUUUCGUUUUACAUUAAGAAGAGGGAGAUACCCAAUCUGACACCAGGUGUAACUGUCCCUAGGUGAGCUGUUACUCACUUUUUAAUAAAAAAAAUGACCUGUACAUUUAAGAGGGUGGGGUCUAUGAAGACAGGAUCCUUGGCUCAGUAACCCAAGGGAACCUGAUCUCUUUCCUCAGCAUCCAGGUAAAUGUUGCCCAUUUCCCAGAUCUUUUAAAAAUCAUAGCAUUUAGAAAGCUAGCCAGCCAAAUCCUUUGUGAUACUAUAAGCUGUAAGCAACUGAAGCAGAGCAUUUUCCUCAUUUUCCUUUUUCAGCUACCACUCAACAUUCUGUAACUACUGAGCAUGCUCUUUCUCUGUAGUUUUUUUUGUACAUGUCUGUACUUCUGCAAACUACUCAAAAAUUUACAAGUGGGUGCUCUUAUAGCAGCUUUGAUGUCAAUGACAGCCAUGCCAGCUGAUUGAAAGGGGUCCCUUGACUUCCUGUUUCCUGCUGAGGGAAAUGGCUGCCUCCCAUGAGAUUGGACCCUAGCAUUGUCAGAAAUUCAGGGUUAAUAUGAGGGUAAUUAGCGCAGAUCGUCUGUUAUCUGCCUCACGCAACAACAUGUGGGGGCUGGGAUGCUGGGCGUUGCAUGGCACAGACUAGGAACUCUCCAGAGUCAAUCCCACGAGCAGGAGAUACCCGUUUUCAAAAAAUUAAAAAGAUUUGGACAAAAAACAGGUGUGUUCUGGACGGAAAGAGAUAAAAGAAAAAUCGAAGGAGGUGUAAAAUUAAUUGGUUGUAUGGCACCACAGUCCUUGGCAGAGUAAAAUCAGAUAUGAAAGUGGCUCAGGCUGAGAAGGGAAAAUGGCGGCUGUAGCAGUUGUGACGCAGAAAGAAGGUGUCUCCUUUAUCUGAGGGAGGCUGGAGAUACUUUUUAUUUGAACCACAAAAGGGAUGUACUUUACAAAAGAUGCAUUUGCUUGCAUGGAAUAUUUUCAUAUAUGGUUCGAAGAGUGACGGUGAAUUCUGGAUGCUUUGGGAAACUGGAAACAAUCUUUAUAUAACUUAUUGGCUACCAAGUAUAUCCCAUGGUACAGUUUGAAACAUCAGCUUAUUGAAAGAGAUCAAAGACAACACGACGUCACUAAUUUUAAUCUUGGAUGGAAGCCCAAAGCCUUUCAGAGCAAGAAAUGGCAGAGAAAGGAGGGGCUAUCAAAAGAGGACUGUGCUUCAAAAUAAUAUGACUGAGAACAACAUGGAAUAAAAUUUACCUCUGUGAUUAUAGAUAUGGAAUCGUCGAACAAAGAUAGAGAGCCACAUAUCAGCAAUUGGUGGACUGAGAGAUGAGGAUAGUUAAUAUCAGGAUUAGAAAACUGGGAAACAACCAAGAAGAAAGCAGAAAAUAAAUGAAGGACAUUAUUUCUUGAAAUUCAGAACAUGGGAAUUUCCCUUUGAAAUUAUUUUAAUUCGGACUGUAUAAUUGACUGUAUUUUUUUGUUUUUUAAUGUGGUAAGAUUUGGUCUGUUUUGUUAUUAAUAUGAAUGGUUUUUAUUGGAAAAUGAAUAAAAAUUAUUUACAAAAAGAGAAAGGGUCCCUUGAGAACUUCAGUGAUAAGUACACAGCAAUACUUCUCAAAGUUGGGGGCCUCAGCCUUGAUGAUACAAACAUGUUACAGUGGUACCUCGGUUUAAGUACACAAUUGGUUCCGGAAGUCUGUACCUAACCUGAAGCGUACUUAACCUGAAACAAACUUUCCCAUUGAAAGUAAUGGAAAGUGGAUUAAUCUGUUCCAGACGGUCCGCGGAGUACUUAAACUGAAGUGUACUUAACCCGAAGUAUGAGUGUAAUUGGUUCUGGAAGCCUGUACUUAACCUGAAGUGAACUUUCCCAUUGAAAGUAAUGGAAAGUGGAUUAAUCCGUUCCAGAUGGGUCCACGGAGUACUUAAACUGAAAGUACUCAAACCGAAGCGUACUUAAACCAAGGUAUGACUGUAUUUAUUUUGCAUGUAUCCCUCCCUUUCUCCAUGAAACAAAAGGCAGCAUGCAAAGGAUUUGUAGGUGAUCUCUCCUGUCCAGGCCUAGACCUGCUUAGCUUCCGCAAAUUCCAUUUGCCAAAGCAGUUCAAAACCAUCUAGGAUGAACAUUAGAUCUCCCUCAUAAUUAUUGUGCUAAUGGAUUCUUCCACAGAUGCUAUGUAACAUGGAACAUAAUGCAAUGCUUCCAAUAUAGUGGAGCAUAGGAACUUUAGACUUUUAAAAAGUUCAUUGUUUAUACAUACUCUAACAUGUUAUCCUUUUUGAGGGUUGUAUGGUGUUUGGGCUCCCCUUGAAACUGCUCAAAUUGAGACAAGGCUAAUACAAAAUCCCUCCGUAUGGCUAAGAAGACAAAAUUCACACCCAAACAAGUCAUUUCAGGUCUUCAAGCCAUUCUACAAAUCCAAGCAAUUUAAAAGCUUCAUUUUCAAAUACGCCAACAAAGUAAAUAUUCUAUCUGCUCGUAUAAACUAGUCCCAUAUUCUAUGGGGAAGGAAAAUAUAUUACUCUUCUUGCCACCAGUUCUUCCUCCUCUUGUAGCAGAGGGGUGGUCUCUGGCACUUUCUUCCCAGGUGAUCCAAGUCCACAUCAGUUACCUAAGCACCAACAAAAUUCAGGAAGAAGGAUGUCAAAGAGUUCCUCCAAAUCCUCAUGGGUUGUUUCAUUGAAUCUGCUAUCUCGGAGGCAAGAUCAUGUAGAAUACAAAAGUAAAGGUGAACAAACUAUGUCCAGGAGCCAAAGCAAACAUCAACAACUUCUCAAAGCCACGCAGCAACUCACAGACAUUCAAGCCAUAGAACCAGCUCUCCUUUCCCAAACACUUUAGUUAUUUUUAUAGUUCAAGUGAUCUGCUUGAUUUAAACAGACUCAACAAGUUUCUAAUUCUAGUUUGGUUUUGUAAACUGGUACAAUGAUUGAGCUGUCUUGGAACCAGAUGUUCCCAUCCACUCAUGAGCCAUUCAACACUCAUACCAAGCAGACUCUGUGGAAUUCUCAACUUCUGGAGAACAUGAUAUUCUGCCAGGUGUAAAAGCAUAGACAAAGUUUCGCGAUGGACUCCUGUAUAAGAUAUUUCUCUUAUUCCAACAACAGAUUGCAAUGUAGGCUCAUGUCAAAAGUGCUUGGUGCCUGGAUUGACUGGCUUCAGAAUGGAAGUUUCAGGGAUUAUCUCUUGGAAAUCCACCACAUUCUUAUCACCAUGGAUGUGAGCCUCUUUGGUUGAGGAGCUCAACCAAAGAUGGCCCAGAGAACAUGGUUGGAGUAUCAAAUGAGCACCAGCAGCCUGGUAUUAAGAAUGAUAAAACUGCUGCUGUUCCAACUGCAAAUGCAGAUCAGUCCUAUGCCCACACAAUUACUGGGCAAAGAUGUGAAUAAACAUGCAAGAAGGAAUUCACUCAACACUGUUACACCCAGACUAUAGAAAAUAGACUGAAUGGGAGAAUAGCCUUUCCUCCAGAUUGAAAUACAUGAGACUUCUUAAUUUUACAGAAGACUGGCUCAGCAAACAGAACACCCUACAUACAGGCUGAAUAGAAUCUACUCCUUUGGGUGUUCCAGCUGAUAGUAAUGUAAAUGAUGAACCUCUUCUGCUAGACACAUUAUUUACAAUCACUGUCCCCUAAUGUGGGAUGCUCCCAUUGCAUUGAUCUAAAAACCUCAUGCAUUUCUAUCCCACUUCUUCCUCAGUUUAGCAAAUUUGGGUUUGACACAGUAAAGUAAUCCUAGGGAACUUUCUUUUGGUAUUAGAGACCUUGGUUUCCAGCAUUAGCCCUUCUGUCAAUAAGCAAAGCCUGGAAGUUGCAAGCAGGUCAGGCCUUCUGUUGCAAGGGCUGGCAUUUCACCUGCAGCCAAAUCUGUUACCAACUAGCAGCCUAGACAUUGUGGAACAGGCAUUAAGGACCAUGAGUUAUUUGAGUAAUUUCCUCUGCUCUCUUUUCUUUUGCAAAAGAUUCCACCAGUAACAGGGCCGUCUUAAGCGCCCCUGGCGCCGUGGUGCGACGGAUCCCUCCGGCACCCCCCCCGCCCCGUUUCCCAGUGCGGUGGGCGGGCGCAGCACGGCUGCCACAGGCACUGCUGCGGGGCAGGCGGGCAGGCAUAGCGCGGGUGCCGUGGGCGCAGCUGCGCGACGGACCGGCCGGCCAGCGGGCAGGCGGGCGCAGUCGCGGCGGCCCCCUGGCGGGCCGGCGCUGUGGUGCCCUGCGCCACCCAGCCUGGCCGUAGGGCUGGCCCUGCCAAUAGAAAUACUAUUGAGAUACAGUACUUUGAAAGUCUUCAACUGCAUUACCAGGAAGAGCUUUCACCUGGAAAAAGGGCAAAGCAAAUUAUGUUCUGGAGUUUCUUCACAAACUUCUAAAGAAAGGACUCAGUACAAAUACCUUUAAGAGAUAGAUCUUAGUCCUGAGUGAAGUACUUCAAUGCAGAGGAGGAGAAAUUUUCAUCCUCACAUACAUAGGUUUCCGGUAUAUGGAUAUCCUACUUGGAACUUCACCUGGAGGGGAUUCUUUUGAGAUAGUUUUUUUCCAUCACUUCUGCUUGGAGAAUCUCAGAGCCUGGGUUCACUGUUCACAAAUAAGGAUUUCUGCAUUGUUCAUAGGGAUAGGACUAAAUGUCGAAGGGCAAUUAAGUUUUUCAUAGAAAUUAGCUUUGCCUAACCCCCCCCCCCAUUGUGGUCCAUUCUGGAGAAAACUUAUCAGAACAUUUCUAUUCAGUCUAGAAAGCUAUUGGGAAGGAGGCUCUUUUCAUAUCCUUCCAGUAGUCCUUCCUGAGUGAUUCAAUAGCCAUUGGUACUUUGUCUAGAUUGCUUGAUGCCAUUAUUGGAGCUUUGAAGGCACUGGGAAAAAUUAUACCAUCUCAAAUUACUGCUCAUUUUAUGAGGAGCACCACCUGCUGUAGUAUUUGGGGGCAAUCCUCCUUGGAAGUGAUUUGCAGAACUGCAUUCUGAUCAUUGGUUCACAUGUUUACCAGACAUUAUAAAGAGGGUCUUUGUCCUCAGCUGCUGCUGACUUUGGACAAAAUGUUCUGCAGAGGUGCUAAUUUCAUGAAGUAUGCCGGAAACAAACUAUAGGUCCACUUAGAGGAGAUUACAGCUUUUCUACAUCUCUGAUAGAGAGGCAUGUCUCUGUAUUCCUGAGAGGGAGAGAGAGAAAUUGCUUACUAUAAACUCUCAUUCUUCUAAAAGUAGGGAGGCUGCUCUACCUACCUAGGAUUGAGCUUCUGGCAAUGAUGUAUUCAAAAGCACAUAAGGGGAAACUACAAAUGUCCAUAUAGAGUUGCCCUGUCUCUUUACUCUUCAGUUCUCUUUGUUUGGUUUUGCAUGGUUGUGGUAAUACUUUCCCCCUAAAUCUCCAUAUUUGUUCUUGAUGGGGGAGAGCAGGGAACUCCGUCCCUUAGUGAGAUCAAAGGUUGAACCUGUCUUCCUACCAGGAGUAGGUGCUAUCCCAGAUAUAGAGACAAGUCUCUGCACUUGUAAAUGAGCAGAAAUCUGUGGUAAGCACAAUGUUCCUUUUCAUUUUAAAAGUAAAAAAAGAAAUCAGAGACAUGCAAAAUUUGACUUUGCUGUCAUAGGUGUACUUCAAGGCAUUGGUUGUGACAACACUUUAGUUCUUAACUUUUCCCUUCCUCUCCUUUGUUGAUGUUUUGUUACUAUGACUGUGAUUGGCUGAUCUUGUACAUCCAAUAGCAUGAUGUUUUGUUGGCUGCUAAGCCUCUUUGUUAGCUGCAACUAUUAUCAAAACUGUGGUCUGUAGUAAACAUGGCUGUGCUGCUGAGAGUGACCCCAUCUUUCCUUCUUGUGCCAUGAUGCCAUUUUUAUGAAUGUCUUCAAACGAUGUCACUGAGAUAAUUCUGAAGUGUGAGUUCUGGAGGAUGUUGUUGCUUUCCUAGAAAAAUAAUGCCUGUCCAUGCACAAGCAUAGAAAUAGGGUUGUUAAUCUGUUGUAUUUAAAUCUGCAAGGAACAGAUCAUGGACAGAGAGCUGGGUCUUCUUUUGCAGUGCUGGAAUUCAGAGCAGAAAAAACAGCCAACAGGCCUUGAGCAGAAGGAUGAGAAAAUGAAACCAAUCAUAAUCAUACAGGGAAACUGACAUGUCUCCUUUCUUCCAAGCACGAUUAAAGUUUUUUAUAAAAAUGAGCUCAGCCCGCAACUAGAGCUUGUGUAUAUGUGUGUGUAUAUAAAUAACAUUGAUCAUAUCCCCUUUAAUUGCUCAAGCUCUCUUUAUUUGUAGUUUAGGCUCCAGUCCUGAAAUGGUCCAUUGGAGUUUCUCUGUGCAGAACUCCCUGCAGGAUUGGUGCCAUAGUGUCUGCACAUGCUGCCAUCUUAAGGGUUGCCUGAAGCCAUCAACAUUUAAAUGUUAUUUUAAAUAGCAUCGCUGAGUGAAUCCAGUAACACUUUAAUGCAACACAAAGAGCAGAGCACAGCAACAGCAUUUAGUCCCUACAUCACCAAAGAGCACUGACCAGAUAAUCAGCUUGGGUAAACUGAUGAAUUUGUGGUCUUGCUCAGAAAUGCUUUGUACAUUAUUUGGGUUACAGCUUCAGUUUUCAGUUUAUAACUUGUUUUCUAGCUCAAACAACUAUGGAAAUGACAUAAUGCUCACCAGAACAAUCAUUAUGGGAACAAUAGUCCAAAGGUAAACCAAAAGUUUGUAGAAUAAUUCCAUACAUUUCAAUUUCCAUAUCAAAGUGUGCUUAUACAUCACAUUUACACCCUGCACUUCAUCAAAGGAGCUCAAAGUGGUGGUGUUUUCACCUCACAACCCUAUGAGGUAGUUUCUGCUGAGAAAUAGUAAUGCACCUACAGCCACUCAGUAAAACUUCAUGGCUGAGUGGUGUAAUUUGAAUCAAGUUGUACCCAAACACAACAUCUUAGUCACUACACUGGAUUUUACUAUUGCACUCACUAUCCAGCUAUUUCCUCCUAUAUCUUGAUGGAAGACAGGUUAAAGCACAAAUCCAUUAAAUGAGUUGUCUAAAGUGGCAAAGCAAGUCAGUGGCAGAGACCGGAUUACAAUCAGGGAGUUUCCAAAUUCUACACUUUAACCAAUUUUGACUCUCCCUGCCAUAAUUUGAAUGCCCUCUUAUUAAAAUCCAGUGUGAUGACACACCACAAAAGACAAUUGAUGCUCCCCCUGCCCCAACAUGCAUACAGCUAGACAA